UCCUCCCUGCUAAACUAGCAGGCAACAUACACUCACAGACACAGAGUGGGGCGGCCAGCAGCAUUAUUACAUUACUACUGGGACGAGCUUCCGUCUCACCAAUCGCAGGAAACAGGACAACAGCAGGCGGGGUAGUAGCUGGCAGUGGGCGGGCACUGGACGCACAGGGAGGGAUGACGUAGCGGUCCAGGCAUCCCGAGUAUUAGGAAGUCCGGAAACAUCACAGGGCGGGUGCAGGCGGCCCCAGCUACAGAAAGACCGAUCACCGGCGUCCCAGCAGCUCAGCACACAGUUACCCUGUGGCAACAUGAGUGCGUUCCGGCAACAAAAUGUGGAGGAGGUGUAUGAGAUGGGAGAGGAGCUCGGGAGUGGUCAGUUUGCAAUUGUGCGGAAGUGCCGAGAGCGCAGAACUGGACUAGAAUAUGCAGCCAAGUUCAUUAAGAAGCGCCGUUUGUCAUCCAGUCGCCGAGGAGUGAGCCGAGAGGAAAUUGAAAGGGAGGUGGACAUCUUAAGAGAGAUUCAACACCCAAACAUCAUCACCCUUCAUGAUGUGUUUGAGAAUCGCACAGAUGUGGUGCUGAUUCUAGAAUUAGUAUCUGGAGGAGAGCUGUUUGACUUCCUGGCACAAAAGGAGAGCCUAAGUGAGGAGGAGGCCACAAUGUUCUUAAAGCAGAUUCUUGAUGGGGUUCACUAUUUGCACCACAGAAGCAUUGCACACUUCGAUCUCAAGCCAGAGAAUAUCAUGUUGUUGGAUCAGAGCAGCCCAAGUCCACGGAUCAAACUCAUAGAUUUUGGAAUUGCUCACAAAAUACAAGCUGGCAAUGAGUUCAAAAAUAUCUUUGGAACACCAGAAUUUGUUGCCCCUGAGAUCGUAAACUAUGAACCUCUUGGGUUGGAGGCUGAUAUGUGGAGCAUUGGAGUAAUCACUUAUAUCCUUUUAAGCGGGGCAUCUCCCUUUCUGGGAGAGACAAAGCAGGAAACACUGACCAAUAUUUCAGGCGUUAAUUAUGAUUUUGAUGAGGAAUAUUUUAGUAAUACAAGUGAACUUGCUAAGGAUUUCAUACGAAGACUGUUGGUCAAGGAUCCUAAGAAACGGAUGACAAUUGACCAGAGCUUGGAACAUUCAUGGAUUAAGGCCAUCAAGCGCCGUAAUGUUCGCCACGAGGAUAGCGGGAAGCGGCCUGAGCGACGGAGGUUAAAGACCACCCGACUGAAGGAGUACACCAUCAAAUCACACUCAAGCAUGCCUCCUAACAACACCUAUGUGAAUUUUGAACGAUUCAGCCAUGUGUUAGAAGAACUAGGAGCAGCAGAGGAUGCAUUACGUGAACUGCAAAAGAGUCAAACUACAUCCCGCGAGGAUCUUUGUGCUCUGCGCUCAAUUUAUGAAGAGAAAGAAAGUUGGUAUCAGGAAGAGCAAGAAGGAGUAGCCCGUCAGCUGAUGGGGAUUCAACAGGAGCUACAGCGUGGGGAGGGGCAACGUCGGCAGGUUCAGGAAGAACUGCGGACUGCCAUGCUUAGCGCAAAUGGUCUGAAGAGGAAGUUUGGCCGACUAGAAAACAGAUAUGAGGCACUAGCUGCACAGUUCACUGCAGAGAUGAGCUUCGUUGAAGAGUUGCUGAAAACCAUGGAGAGACCAGGGGUAGAGGGUGUUAGAGGCGUUUGUUAGAACUAGGGGGUGUAGGAUGGUGGUCAUACUAAUUGAGGGUAAUAUAAAGGUGGUGCAUGCUGUUAUAAACCGCCUUCUUGCUAUAAUAUUCCUUGGAGAUCUAUUUUUCUCACACAGAGGGAGGCUGUACGGACACGUUUUGUAGCGUUAAAGGGCAAGAAGGUGCAAUUCCCAGUCACAGAGGAUACAUGUUGUGAAGAUGUAAAAUGGGACAAUUAUAUGCACUGCAAUAGGGUAGGAGUGGUUACGUUAAGCAAAUUGUGUAUAAAAUGGUAGUAAAACCAUAUUUUAAAUGGAAUAUUAUUUAAUAGGAUAUAAAGGAAAGGUGAGGGAUGAGAGGUGAAAAGUGCAGAUAAGUGAUAAUAUGGUUUGGUUAUCUUUCUCUCCUCAAGUAUAUGAAGGUAGAAGGCCUAUGCGGUUUGUUAUAUUUGUAUGGAGUAAUCAUUUCAUGUUUCUUUUAUAGACAGCAAUGCUCACAUACUGUACUUCUAGUUAUGUGAUUAGUGAAGCCGCUCAUCCUGUUUACACUGUUGUGUAUAUUUGAUUUCAAAAAUUUGUUUCUACAUAAGCAGUUUAGAGUCCUCAUUUUACGGUCAGCAAAAAUUUCAAAGUAAUACAAUUAAAGUUAAUCAUUAGGUACAUUUAAGUCUGUUGUAAUAUGUACAUUGACCACCAGAGAACAGUGUUGCCUACAUUCAAAAUAUAACAUCCUGUAUAAAAGAGGAUUUGUUACAA